AUGGGUCUCCGGGGGAUGUUCUGCUUCCCCUUGGGAUUCCUGCUUGGUUCUGUGCUCCUGGUGGCUUCAGCCCCCACCAUACCCGAACCACAUGGCUGCAGCAACAAGGAGCAACAGGUCACUGUCAGCCACACCUAUAAGAUUGACGUGCCCAAGUCCGCCCUGGUCCAGGUGGAGGCUGACCCUGAGCCCCUCAGUGAUGAUGGGGCUUCACUCUUGGCCCUGGGGAAGGCCGGGGAGGAACAGAACAUCAUCUUCAGACACAACAUCCGCCUUCAGACGCCGCAGAAUGACUGCGAGUUGGCAGGCAGUGUCCAGGACCUCCUGGCCCGGGUGAAGAAGCUAGAGGCAGAGAUGGCAGAGAUGAAGGAGCAGUGUAGUGUCCAGCGCUGCUGCCAAGGAGCUGUGGAUCUGAGCCGCAACUGCAGCGGCCACGGGACCUUCUCCCCCGAGAGCUGCAGCUGCCGCUGCGAGCAGGGCUGGGAGGGCGCCGACUGCGAGCGGCCCGCCUGCCCCGGGGCGUGCAGCGGCCACGGCGUGUGCGUGCACGGCGCGUGCCAGUGCCACGAGGACUUCACGUCGGACGACUGCAGCGAGCGGCGCUGUCCCGGCGACUGCAGCGGCCGCGGCUUCUGCGACACCGGCGAGUGUUACUGCGAGGACGGCUUCACUGGCCUCGACUGCGCCCAGGUGGUCACCCCCCAGGGCCUGCAGCUGCUCAAGAGCACAGAGGAUUCCCUGCUGGUGAGCUGGGAGCCCAGUGAGGUGGACCACUACCUCCUCAGCUACUACCCCCUGGGGAAGGAGCUCUCUGGGAAGCAGAUCCAAGUGCCCAAGGAGCAGCACAGCUACGAGAUUCCUGACUUGCUGCCUGGAACCAAGUACAUAGUCACCCUGCGCAACGUGAAGAAAGAAGUGUCCAGCAGCCCUCAGCAUCUCCUCGCCACCACAGAUCUUGCCCUGCUUGGCACUGCUUGGGUGACAGAUGAGACUGAGAACUCCCUUGAUGUGGAAUGGGAGAACCCCCCGACCGAGGUGGACUACUACAAGCUGCGGUACAGCCCCCUGACAGGGCAGGAGGUAGCUGAGGUCACUGUGCCCAAGAGCAGUGACCCCAAGAGCCGAUAUGACAUCACUGGCCUGCAGCCCGGGACAGAGUACAAGAUCACAGUGGUCCCCAUGAGAGGAGAGCUGGAGGGCAAGCCGAUGCUCCUGAAUGGCAGGACGGAAAUUGAUGGUCCAACUAAUGUGGUCACUGAUCGAGUGACAGAGGACACGGCGACUGUCUCCUGGGACCCGGUGCAGGCUGUCAUAGACAAGUACGUGGUGCGUUACACUUCUGCUGAUGGGGAUACCAAAGAGAUGGCAGUACCCAAGGACCACAGCAGCACCGUCCUGACGGGCCUGAUGCCAGGGGAGGCGUACAGAGUCCACGUGUGGGCUGAGAGGGGCAGCCAGGGGAGCAGGAAGGCUGACACCACGGCCCUUACAGAAAUCGACAGCCCUACAAACCUGGUGACUGACCGGGUGACAGAGAAUACGGCCACCGUCUCCUGGGACCCUGUGCAGGCCGCCAUUGACAGGUACAUGGUGCGCUACACCUCGGCUGAUGGAGAGACCAGGGAGGUUCCUGUGGGAAAGGAGCAGAGCAGCACCGUCCUGACGGGCCUGCGGCCGGGCAUGGAAUACACGGUCUACGUGUGGGCCGAGAAGGGGGCCCGCGAGAGCAAGAAGGCCGACACCAAGGCCCCGACAGACAUUGACAGCCCCCAAAACCUGGUGACUGACCGGGUGACAGAGAAUACGGCCACCGUCUCCUGGGACCCUGUGCAGGCCGCCAUUGACAGAUACGUGGUGCGCUACACCUCGGCCGAUGGAGAGACCAGGGAGGUUCCUGUGGGGAAGGAGCAGAGCAGCACCGUCCUGACGGGCCUGAGGCCGGGCGUGGAGUACACGGUCUACGUGUGGGCCGAGAAGGGGGCCCGCGAGAGCAGGAAGGCCGACACCAAGGCCCCGACAGACAUUGACAGCCCCCAAAACCUGGUGACCGAUCAGGUGACAGAGAAUACGGCCACUGUCUCCUGGGAACCAGUGCAGGCCGCCAUUGACAGAUACAUGGUGCGCUACACCUCUGCCGAUGGAGAGACCAGGGAAGUUCCUGUGGGAAAGGAACAGAGCAGCACCGUCCUGACGGGCCUGAGGCCAGGUGUGGAGUACACGGUCUACGUGUGGGCCGAGAAGGGGGCCCGCGAGAGCAAGAAGGCCGACACCAAGGCCCCGACAGACAUCGACAGCCCCCAAAACCUGGUGACUGACGGGGUGACAGAGAAUACGGCCACCGUCUCCUGGGAGCCGGUGCAGGCCGCCAUUGACAGGUACAUGGUGCGCUACACCUCUGCCGAUGGAGAGACCAGGGAGGUUCCUGUGGGGAAGGAACAGAGCAGCACCGUCCUGACGGGCCUGAGGCCGGGCGUGGAGUACACGGUCUACGUGUGGGCCGAGAAGGGGGCCCGCGAGAGCAAGAAGGCCGACACCAAGGCCCCGACAGACAUUGACAGCCCCCAAAACCUGGUGACUGAUGGGGUGACAGAGAAUACGGCCCCCGUCUCCUGGGACCCGGUGCAAGCCGCCAUUGACAGGUACAUGGUGCGCUACACCUCGGCCGAUGGAGAGACCAGGGAGGUUCCUGUGGGGAAGGAACAGAGCAGCACCGUCCUGACGGGCCUGAGGCCGGGCGUGGAGUACACGGUCUACGUGUGGGCCGAGAAGGGGGCCCGCGAGAGCAGGAAGGCCGACACCAAGGCCCCGACAGAAAUUGACCCUCCCAAAAACCUUCAUCCAUCUGCUGCAACACUGUCUGGUGGGGUAUUGACCUGGACACCCCCCUCUGCUCAGAUCGAUGGCUACAUUCUGACCUACCAAUUCCCAGAUGGCACAGUUAAGGAUGUGCAGCUUGGACAAGGUGACCAGAGGUUUGAGUUGCAAGGCCUUGAGCAGGGCAUCACGUACCCUGUCUCCUUGGUUGCCUUUAAAGGUGAUCAUCGGAGCAGGAGUGCAGCCACCACCCUCUCCACAGUUGGUGCCCGUUUUCCACACCCUUCAGACUGCAGUCAGGUUCAGCGGAACAGCAACGCUGCCAGUGGGCUAUACACCAUCUACCUGCACGGUGAUGCCGGCCGGCCCCUGCAGGUGUACUGUGACAUGGACACGGAUGGAGGCGGCUGGAUUGUCUUCCAGAGGCGGAACACUGGGCAGCUGGAUUUCUUCAAGCGUUGGCGGAGCUACGUGGAAGGCUUUGGGGACCCCAUGAAGGAGUUCUGGCUUGGACUUGACAAGCUGCACAACCUCACAACCAGCACUUCUACCCGGUAUGAGGUGAGAGUGGACUUACAGACUGCCAAUGAAUCCGCCUAUGCCAUAUAUGAUUUCUUCCAAGUGGCCUCCAGCAAGGAGCGGUAUAAGCUGACUGUUGGGAAAUACAGAGGCACAGCAGGGGAUGCUCUUACUUACCACAACGGAUGGAAGUUUACAACUUUCGACAGAGACAAUGACAUCGCCCUCAGCAACUGUGCCCUGACGCAUCAUGGCGGCUGGUGGUACAAGAACUGCCACUUGGCCAACCCCAAUGGCAGAUACGGGGAGACCAAGCAUAGCGAGGGGGUGAACUGGGAGCCGUGGAAAGGACAUGAAUUCUCCAUUCCUUAUGUGGAGUUGAAAAUCCGCCCUCAUGGCUACAGCGGGGAGCAUGUCCUGGGCAGAAAGAAGCGGAUGCUAGGAGGAAAGACGAGAACGUUCUGA